AAUGUGCAAGUAUUUUCAUAUUCUUACGCUGAUAUUGAUGUGAAGUAGGGGCUUCCUAGAUUAGACAUUACUUCAAUAAUUGUAUAAUUGAGUUAAUGUUUCGGAGAAGAGUUACGUGUUAGCAACAGCAAAUAGCUAUGGCACUGCGAGCUGUUUUAAUUUGUUCGGCAUUUCUAGUGUUUUGCAAUGCUGUCGAAAUACAACAUUUGGGAGGGCAAUGGUUACUUAAGGAUGAAAGUGGAAAAUACAAAGAUUUGAAGGCAAUAGUACCGGGAGGUAUUUACUCGGAUCUGAUGGAUAACGACAUUAUAGAAAAUAUUUUUUAUGGAUACAACGACGACGUCACGAGAUGGGUACCAAGAACAAAUUGGACAUAUUAUACAAAUUUCACAGUUAAUGAGGAGCUACUGAAUUUUGAAAAUAUCAACAUCGUAUUCGAAGGCUUGGACACAUUUGCCACUAUCGCUAUUAACGAUGUCGUAGUCGGACAAAGUAAAAAUAUGUUCGUCCAGUAUGUCUUCAACGUGAAGGACCAAAUUCAGGCUGGAAAUAAUGUAAUAGAGGUUCGAUUUCAAUCACCAGUUGAGGUAGCUGAGAAUUUAUCCGCAGAACAAAAUAAAUCAUAUAACAUACCCGUAAACUGUCCUCCAAGUGCAUAUAGGGGAGAAUGCCACGUGAAUAUGAUAAGAAAAAUGCAAGCCUCAUAUUCUUGGGACUGGGGCCCUUCUUUCCCGUCAGUUGGUAUUUGGAAAGAUUUGUACAUUGAAGCUUAUAACGAGACGGCUGUGAGGUAUAUAGUUCCUGAUGUGGUCCAAAGCGAGGAUAAUUCAUCUUGGACUGUCCUUGUAGACGUAUACUUCGCCAAUAACGCUAAAAAAGUAAUAUUUGGAAAAAUCGCCUUUGAACUUGAGCUGGAUUCUGAAACUGUAACGCAAUCUGUAACCGUGAAUUUAAUACCCAAUGGAUUGAAUGAAGUCGUAGUUCAUAAUUAUUCUAUUAAAGUUGAUUCAGGACUGCUUAAAACCUGGUGGCCCAAUGGUUUCGGUGCCCAGAACCUUUACAAUUUAACAGUUACAUACUCUAAUGAUGAAGAAACCGAAAAAAGCUCCAAAACCGUGCGCAUUGGUUUUAGAACCAUCGAAUUAGUUCAAGAUACUCUCGAUUCCGGACUAACGUUCUAUUUCAAAGUCAACGGAGUUCCAAUAUUUAUGAAAGGUUCUAAUGAAAUACCUAUAGAUAUAUUGCCAGAGAGAGGGCAAAAUAAGGAAACUAUAAGAAAAUUGUUGACGACCGCUAGUGAUUCGCAUAUGAAUAUGUUGCGAGUUUGGGGUGGAGGAGUGUAUGAAUCUGACUAUUUCUACGAUUUAGCUGAUGAACUAGGCAUUCUCAUCUGGCAGGACUUCAUGUUUGCUUGCUCUCUGUAUCCUACAAACGAGGAGUAUCUUAAUAACGUUUUGGACGAAGUUCGACACCAAGUAAAGAGAUUAAGCAGUCACGCUAGUAUAGCCUUAUAUUCCGGGAACAAUGAAAAUGAGGGUGCUUUAGUGGACGACUGGUAUGGCGUUCGAAACAACUUUACGCUGUUCAAAGCGGACUAUGUAAAGUUGUAUAUAGACACGAUUAUGAAUGAAUUUGUCCGACUAACCAACAACAGGUCAAUUUUUGUAAGUUCAAGUCCGAGCAAUGGAAAGGAAACGGAGAGCGAGGGAUAUGUGGCAGCCCAUCCUUCGAGUACCUUUUAUGGAGACGUUCACUACUAUAAUUACAUCAUGGACUCUUUCAAUUCCGUGAUAUUUCCUGUGCCACGUUUCGCCUCCGAAUAUGGUUACCAGUCCCUACCAAGCGUUAAUUCGUUUUUAACUGUUACAAAUAGCACUUCCGACUUGAAUAUAAACAGCGAAUUUAUGGAUCACCGGCAGCAUCAUCCCGUGGGAAACAGCGAGCUGAAAUCGCUGAUAUCGCACCAAUUCACUCUGCCAAACGAGAACAGCGAAAAUUACUACAAGGCUUUUAUAUAUUAUUCCCAGAUCGUUCAAGCAGUAUCAAUCAGAGUUGAAACAGAACAUUAUCGUCGUUACAGGAGUAGUUUGAACGCCGGAGGGGAAGGUUAUACCAUGGGGGCUCUCUAUUGGCAACUUAAUGAUGUGUGGGUUGCUCCCACUUGGUCUGGAAUCGAUCACACUGGCAAGUGGAAGAUGCUGCAGUAUUACACACAGGAGUUUUUUGCGCCGAUCAUAAUUACUGGACACAUAAACGCCGAAAGGACUUUAGAAACAUACAUCGUCUCCGACUUGCUGUCGCCAGUACUCAACGUGACUGCUUCCAUUCAAGUCUAUAACUGGAGCUCUUUGGAUAGUAUCCUUGAAAAGAAAUUAACGUUAGAUUUGGAAGCGGGAAAGUCUCAUUUAAUCGAUUCCUUCGAUAUUGACGAUUUCUUAACCGAUGCCAAAUGUGGCGAACUUAAUACUGCUAGAUACAACUGCUUAAUAUACUUAACUUUGUACAAAGAGGGUAUAAGAAUUGCCCCAGAUAAUUUUGUCCUGCCUGACAAGAUAAAAUCAUCACGAGUUCAGCAACCAAAAUUGCAGCUGAGCGGAGUAACAAAGCAAAGUGACGAAGGAAUUUACGAAAUAGAAAUCACCACAGACAAUAUCGCAUUGUUUGUAUGGUUGGAUACCAAUAAAAUCAAAGGACGAUUUUCGGAUAACGGACUCUUACAAGUCAAUGAAUCUAGGAAGGUAUACUUUUACAGCGAAGAAGAAACAACAGCGGAAGAUUUGCAGAAAGAUUUGAGCAUCACUAAUUUACUUGAUGAUGAAUAUGUUACUAGUUAAAGGAAUUGAACAAUAAAAUCUAUUGCAGUAUA